UUUAUUUCCUCUUUUGGGGUUUCAGGAGGAGAAACAACGUCAUCUUUCCUCCUACUUUGUUCCUGUUUGCGGUGCUCCUUUGGAGAUUCUCGAAAAGUAGCUCUAACACGUCGAUACGACCCCUUCUUUCCAUCAGGUUUUCGUUUUUGGCGAUCCGCUUUUCGCUUUCUUUUCUCACUACCCUCCUCGUCAGUUGCCUUUUUCGAUUUCUCUUCAGAAUCGUCCGUUCCUAGUGCUUCCUCUUUCAUCUUUCGUGAGCUUUCCUCUUUCCGCUUUCUUAACAUCUUCUCUAAAGCUUUCAUUUCUCUAAGUUCUUUUCGACGAGCUCCCUUAUUCUUCGUUUUUGGUCCACUGUUAACAACAUCUAAUUCUCUGAAAGACUUAACAAUCAGGGAAGUCAAUUGUAGCCUGUCAGGACCAUGUCACCUUAGUUUGAGAGCCAAAGAUUGUAUGAGAUCGUCUCUGUCUUUCUUAGGGGCUUCCUUCUUGGAAUCAAGCAGAUUCACAUACUGCUCCGAUGUUUCAUCUUCGUUAGCCUCUUUUUGUUUUUCCUUCUUUGCAAUCUCACAAGCACUGCCAUGCAUACAGCAUACCACAUCGCCUUUCUGA